UGGUGUACGCUGUGCUUGGCAGGCGUGUCGCUAUCACAUCAGCGAUGAAGGCACCAGUGUGCGUUGUUUUCCUCUCCCAUUGCUGCGCCGCGUUCACGCUCUCGCCAGCGACAUGGUUGUUGUCCUCGCAAAGAUCAUGUGCCUUCUCCGCAGCAGAGCAUGUGAGCUCUCCCCAGCGGAGGUGCAGCAGCAGCAGCAGCAGCAGCAGCAGCAGCAGGUGCCAACCUGAUCGACGAAGGCAGCGAUCGCCUGGUGGUUCUCGCGUUCCUAGUUUCGCCCUGGGUGCAGCUAAGGACUGGCUCAAAGGAGGCUCUCAAGGGAAGAGCGGACCGGAGGGACCCAAGGCCGGAUCUGUUGCAGGGACGUCGGGCAAGAGCGGAGAGGUCAAGAAGGGUCCCAACGGAGAAGAGCUGGACCCCCGUCUCUACUCGGUCAGGAUCGCCCGCGCCACCGGGAUCGAAUGGGGCACGGACAUCAGCUUCUCGUGGGUGUACAUUCGGGCCCUGCAGCCGGACGGUGCGGCGGCGAACUGCGGGGAAAUCUCCGUCGGAGAUCAGCUAAUUGCAAUAAACGACCAGACGUUGGCCGGGGCACCUUUCGACGUGGCGAUGGACGCCAUGAUUGCUCUAGAGGGCACCGACGUCGAGUUCACCUUCUUCAGGGGCUCGACGGAGGAGCUCAAGAAGGUGGUUGGUGCGGAAGCUCCCCCGGCAGAGAUCACGGUUACCGUCAAGCAGGACGGGAAGCCGGAGUUGGCCCUCACGGCGCCCUCGGGGGCCAACCUCCGCGACUUUCUCACCGAGAACGGCAUCAACGUCUACCAGUCCGUCACGCGCUGGACCAACUGCAAGGGGAAGCAGCUGUGCGGCACGUGCAUCGUGGCGAUCGACGAGGGUCUGGAGAGCACGACAAUCCGCUCGGUCGACGAGAGCUCCACGCUCAGAGACAACCCGCCUAACUACCGCCUAUCGUGCGUCACCAACAUGUACGACGACGUGACCGUCACGGUGUUCCCGCCAGUUGGGGCCGCUCAAUGGACAAGAUGA